AUGUUUGGAACUGACCCUAAAACUGGCCUAACAUCAAGUAUAUUGCCAAACACUAUAUUACUGCAAGAAAUACCAUCAACCGAAAAUAGAAAACGCAAACAAACAGAAGAACGACAAAAUGCAAGAGACAACUUAGAAAUACAAGCGAAAAAAAUGAAGAAUUUAUCAAAUGCUAAAUUUCCAGAAGCAAAAGAAGAUUCAACAGUUCAACUUAAAAUUCCUGAUGUUGAUAGAGGGAGGGGAGAUCCUCGAUCGGUAAUUGCUGUGGUUCUCAAAAUUACUGAAGACGGGUUCUAUCAACUUGGAUGUAAAAGUGGUAUUUUAAAACAGCUAUAUGCACGUUCCCAAUUUACUACGUGUUCAGAAAACCUUAUAUCAUUAAGCGAUAUACCUCAAGAUAAACAAAUUUCUCUACGAUCUGCAGCUACAGAACAAUCAAUUGGAAAUGGACAAGGUUUUUUUAAAUGUACUUGUAUCACUAAAUGCACCACUAAUCGAUGUAUAUGCCGUAAAAAUGGUGUUUUGUGCAAUUCAAAAUGUCACCAAAAUCAAUCGUGUACUAAUUUUGACAAAUAG